GUGGUUGUAGAACAGUCGCUCCGCGUGCGCUGGGCCGUAGAGGAAUUCCCAAUAGACAUAGGGAAGAAGAAUAAGACGUUGUAAUGAAUAAGUCCCUACGCAGUAUGGCCUUGGUAAACCACUUACACUAUCCCUCCCCCCUUCUCCUUCUUUACAUAGUUCAACCGGUUGAGUGAGUUAUAUCUCUUAUUAUAGUGGAACAGGUAGUGUUGUUGACAUAACGUCGAUUUGAUCUGAGUAGACAUUUUAACAAUGUGUGCAAAGCCUAUAUCGCUUAUACUUGUCAUUUAGUACAGUCAGUAGCAUACACAUAUAACGCAUUUUAUAGACAGUGUUAUAAUGGAGGCAAACAGAGAUGAUUCAAGAAGGUGUAUUAAAAUAGCCGAAAAGUGGAUUAAAUCGGGAAACAUAGAGAAAGGAGAAAAGUUUCUCAAGAAAUCAAUUCAUCUCUACCCUAACGAAAGAGCUAACGAUUUAUUACAACAACUACAAAUUAAUAAAAAUAAAUCAAAAAGAACUUCUUCUCAGAAUAAUGGGUUCAACGCUGGACAAAGAUUUUCAGCCUCAGGAUCUCUUAUUGAAUACACAAGAGAACAACUUGAAAAUGUUCAAAGGUAA